CGCAGGUUGUCGCGGUAUUUGCUCCGACAUUUCGUGAUCUGGCCGAGCGGAGGGAGCAUCGCAGAGAAGACCGUCUCCUUGUUAAUGAAUUAAAGGCAUUACAGAUCUGUUUGUUGACAGAUUGAUCGGUCGUUCAACCUGUUGUUUAGCGGUCAGUAUGGCAGUAGUCAUCAGGCUGCAGGGUCUGCCCAUAGUGGCCGGCACCAUGGACAUCAGACACUUCUUUUCUGGCCUCACCAUCCCUGACGGGGGCGUGCACAUUGUGGGGGGCGAGCACGGCGAGGCCUUCAUCGUCUUUGCCACUGAUGAGGACGCCCGGCUGGGGAUGAUGCGUAUGGGUGGGUCCAUAAAGGGCUCCAAAGUGUCGCUGUUGCUUAGCAGUAAGACAGAGAUGCAGAAUAUGAUUGAGCUGAGCCGCCGCAGGUUUGAGACCGGGGCGGCUGCUGUGGAGACAGCCGCACCUACGGCUGGGAAUGCCAACCGACAGGCAGGCCCCGCCCCAAUACCCACCGUGGGCCAGCCGGGGGCCGGAGGAAGGAGCAGCAGCCAUGGUAACCAGGGCUUUGGUAAUGCCCAGCCCUCAGUAACAGCAGCAAGCUCAUCUCAGGAGCCACAGGGCAACAAGGCGGUGGCCAGCCUUGCCAGCGUCGCACCCAGCUUCACCAACAGCUACAGCUCCGCCCCCACCAUCACCACGGCCAUGGCCUCACUCAACUCAGGACCUCCACCCAUCCCUCCCCUUCCCAGCAUGCCCUCUAUGCCACCCAUGCCCACACUGCCCACCAUGCCUGUUCCUCCCCCUGUCUCCUCCCUCCCUCCUGUCCCUACUGUCUCCCCCCUCUCCCAGGGACCCCCAGUACCUCCCAUGUCCCACCUGCCCCACAUGUCCUCCCUGCCCCCCUUCAAUCCCUCUCUGCCUCCUCCAGCUGGUCUGGGCUCUGGUCUCCCUUUGGGAACCCCCAACCCCAUGCUUUUCAACCCCCUCUCCCCCCUGGCCUCACUUGGCCUCCAGGCCCACAUGAAGGCCGCCGCUGCCGCCGCCGCCACAGCAGGUGGAGUAGCCAAUCCAGACGAGCUGUUUGUCCUCCUGCAAAACCUGCCGUUCUCCUGCUCUGAGGUGGAGGUCAGGGAGUUUUUCCGAGGUCUGGGGGUGGAGGGUGUUCGCCUGCUGAGGGACGGGCAGGGCCGACCGACUGGCAGGGCAAUGGUCAAAUUCUUUGCACCCCAGGACAGCUUUGAGGCAGUAAAGCGGGGCGGUGGCAUGAUGGGUCAAAGGUUCAUUGAGAUUUCUCCAGCAACUGAACGGCAGUGGGCCAGCAUCAACGGCAGCACGACAGGCCUUGCCCCUCACAACAAAUCGCACAACAGUAAUGAGUCACAGGACCAGCAUCACCGUGGCAAUGCUGGGCCGGGGGCGGGAGGUAGGGAUCAGCGUGGGAGGUCACGCUCUCCUCACCGUCAGGAAUUCUGCAUCUACCUUAAGGGCCUUCCAUACGAAGCUGAGAAGAAACAGAUCCAGGAGUUCUUCAAGAAUCUGGCUAUUGUAGAGGACAGUAUCUACAUUGCUUACGGGCCCAACGGGCGAGCUACAGGAGAAGGAUUCCUGGAGUUCAAGACAGAGCAGGAUUAUAAGACUGCUCUGGGUGCUCACAUGCAGUACAUGGGGAGCCGCUUCAUCCAGGUCCACCCAAUCAGUCGUAAGGGAAUGCUCGAAAAGAUUGACAGCAUCCGCAAACGUUCCGUGGCCCAGGGUGAUGGCAAGAACCAGGACGGGUCAAAAGCUCCGAGGAACUGCGCCCACAUCACUAACAUCCCAUACAACGUCUCCAAGAAGGAUGUCCGCGCCUUCCUGGAGGGAGUGGGGCUCUACGAGGACAGCCUAAAGGUUCUGACAGAUAACCACGGCAAUGGUUUGGGCCAAGCCAUCUUCCAGCUGCGGACAGAGGAGGAUGCCCGCAAGGCCGAGAGGCUGCACCGCCAGAAACUCAAUGGCCGCGAUGCCUUCGUCCACCUUGUCACAUUUGAACAGAUGAAGGAGAUUGAGAGAAAUCCUCCUCCACAGAACAAGAGGGGCCAGCGGAACCAGAACCAGAACCAGCAGAACCAGAUCCAGCACCAGCCCAGCCAGCCCAGCCCCCAGCAGCCCCAGAUCAAUCCAUUUGCUGGGAUGAGUGGAGAGGAGUUUAACUUUCUUAGGAACACUAUGGGUAACCUCAACAGCGCCCCUUUUGUCUCGCCAUUCUCAGCUCCAGGGAAUGGGCUGGCAGGUCCUCCUCCUCUCCCUCCUCUGGCCGCAGGGCUUGGGGAGGUCAGUCUGGGUGUAGCUCCUCCACUAGUAGCUGGUUUACCUGGAGCUCCAAUCCUGGAGCCGCCAGGCUUCCGACCAGGAGCUGCAGGAGGAGCUCCAUUCGGCCAGGAUGGGCUGAGAGGCCUGGCACCUUUCGACAACACAAACAGGAAAGGAGCGGGAGGACAGAACCGUGGGGGCGGGGCAAACAGCAACCAGAGUCGCCCAGGGGGUGGGGCAGGAAGCGGACAGCAGGUGUUUGGUCCUGGAGCCGAAGGUCUGCGGAACCAGCCAGCCACCGGCGGGCCCAGCAAUGCCAGCAGUCAGCGUGGCACUGGUGGGCCAACCAUCGUGAAGCUCCAGAACAUGCCCUUCACAGUGACGGUGGAUGAGAUAAUGGACUUCUUCUAUGGUUACCAGGUGCUGCCCGGCUCCGUCUGCCUGCAGUUCAGUGAGAAAGGCCUGCCGACAGGUGAGGCCAUGGUGGCCUUCCAGAGUCAUGAGGAGGCCGCUGCUGCCGUCAUGGACCUCAAUGAUAGACCCAUUGGAGCACGCAAGGUCAAAAUCAGCCUGGGCUAGAACCCAGAACAGAACGGACCAUCAAGAACCAACCCAUCAUGAACCAAGCCCUCUCUGCCCAGUCCAGAAAACAUUUUGUCUACUGUCUACCAAUCAGUACUGAAGCUCCGCCCCCUGUGUUAGGUAAAGGCAGGUAAGCCCCUCCCCUGCAGUCUGUCCAGGAAGAGAAAUCUAAUCGAUUCAUUCCUCUUUCCCUCAGUUCCUCCUCUGACUCUGAUAGCACAAACUAACUGCUUUCACUUAAUGAUGAUGAUGAUGAUGAUGAUGGUUACUGUGGCAGCAAUCUUUGGCCACUCCUAUUGGUCUUGCAAAUUCUGUAUAUGACAACACAGCUUUUUGUCAAAUCAUGUACAGAGCUGGAGCACACCUGAACUCACCUGUUGUGUUGCGACGAUGAUGAUGAUGAUGAUGAUGAUGAUGAGGCUGACAAGCGUUUUUUUCCCCCCAUGGUAUGAGCUUAACCUGUGCUGUGUUGCUGUGGUAACGUCUAUAUGCUCCGUUGCUAUGGUAAAGUUUAUAUGCUCUGUUGCUAUGGUAAAGUCUCCAUGCUCUGUUGAUAUGAUAAAAUGUUUUCAUGUUUUAUGCUCUUUUUUAUGUUCUGUUGCUAUGGUAAAAUGUAGACGAAAAGCUUUGUUACCAUGGUGAAAUGUUAUGCUUUGUUGCUAUGGUAAAAUCAUUACUUGCUCUGUUGCUAUGGUAAAAUUUUGAUGAAAAGCUAUGUUGCCAUGAUCAAAUGUGUAUGGUGUUUACCGAGGUAAAAUGUUGACAUGCCCUGUUGCUAUGGAAAAAAAAAUACUGACAUCAAGGUCUGUUGCUAUGGUAAAUUUUGCCCUGUUGCUAUGGUUAAAAAUGGCUGAAUUGCUGUAACAAAGUGUUGAAGAAUGCGUUGUUGCCAUGGUAACGUGGACCACAGUGCUCUCUGUUGCUGUGCUGUGGAUGUGGGGUGCAGAGUGCUGACUCAUGUUUGUGCUGUAAAUAAUGACUUGUGUUGCUGUUUGGAAAACUGCUUCCUCUUCCAGUGUUGGACGCCACCGCACAUGCUCAGUAGCUGUGUGGACUGUUGAGCUGUAAUGACCUGUAGUCUUGUGUCAUUAUAGUGUUUUAGUGUAGUAGCUUUUUUUUUCUGUCUGUAUGAUAUGAUCUUUGUGUACGUUUGAUAUUUUUUUGAUUUGAUUUCCUGUCAGUGUACAUACAACCAACCAACUUCCAUGAUGUGGAGUCUCCUUUGCUUUGGCCAAUAAAAGGACAUUCCUGAUGCAAAUGACCUCUCCUUCA